CCAUUAGUUUUCUUUUAUAAGAGACUAGGUCCCUCCUCCUCUCCAUAUGUCCAUUGGCUUGCCCCAUUGAUAGCUGAUAAUUUGUGAGGAGCAAGGAGGAGAAGAUCUACCUAUAUGCAUUCUGCAAACAUGGCUUCCGCAGUUUUGAGUGCCUCCUCUAUUUCAAGUCAAUUAUCUGCUAUUGAAACUUUGACUGGGAAUAAUUAUGUGAGAUGGAAACGAGACGUAGAAAUUGCUCUUGGUCUUUUGGGAUUGGAUUUUGCCCUGGAAGACGAACUUUCAAAACCUACUGAUAAGAGCACUGCUGAAUAUGUGGCUGAAUAUCAAAAGUGGGAUAGAGCAAACAGACUUUGUUUAAAGAUCAUCAAACGUUCUAUAUCAGAUUCUAUUAUGGGAGCUAUUCUUGACAAUGAUAGUGCUAAGAAAUUUUUGGGUGCCAUAGGACAAAGGUUUGUUGAAUCCGAUAAAGCUGAAACUGGAGACCUGAUGGAUAGACUGAUGAGUAUGAAAUAUGAUGGUUCUAGUGGAGUUAGGGAGUACAUUAUGAAAAUGAUACAUAUAUCCUCUAAGCUAGAAGCCCUCAAAAUUCCCAUUGCUGAGCCUUUUCUUGUUUAUCAUAUUCUUAAUAGUCUUCCUAGCCAAUUUAAUUAG